CAUCCAAAUACUAUGAUUUCAGGAAUGAAUGCUUGGACCUAAUAUAAUGCUUGGAACUUAAACGGAACCAUAGGAAGAAAAAUCCAGAGAAUCUCAAGUCAUAAUCAAAUUACACCAGAAAUUCAAUCAUGUAUGGAAGUGCUCGGUCAGUUGGGAAAAUUGAGCCAAGUAGCCAGAGUCCUGGACGUUCACCACGGCUGCCACGUUCACCACGAUUGGGCCAUCGUCGAACCAACAGCACAGGGGGCAGCUCUGGAGGUAGUACUGGAGGUGGAAGUGGCAAGACACUUUCAAUGGAAAAUAUCCAGUCCUUAAAUGCUGCUUAUGCCACGUCAGGCCCUAUGUACCUAAGUGAACACGAAAAUGUGGGCGCAGACACACCUAAAAGCACCAUGACUCUUGGCCGAUCUGGGGGUCGUUUGCCUUAUGGUGUUAGAAUGACUGCAAUGGGCAGCAGCCCCAACAUUGCCAGUAGCGGGGUCGCCAGCGAUACGAUUGCAUUUGGAGAACAUCACCUUCCUCCUGUGAGCAUGGCUUCUACAGUGCCUCAUUCACUACGCCAAGCCAGGGACAACACAAUAAUGGACCUGCAGACACAACUAAAGGAAGUUCUCCGGGAAAAUGAUAUAUUGCGGAAGGAUGUAGAAGUGAAAGAAAGCAAACUUAGCUCCUCCAUGAACAGUAUCAAGACAUUCUGGAGUCCUGAGCUGAAGAAAGAGAGGGCCCUGAGGAAAGACGAAGCAUCCAAAAUCACGAUUUGGAAAGAGCAGUAUCGGGUGGUUCAGGAAGAAAAUCAGCAUAUGCAGAUGACUAUUCAAGCUCUUCAGGAUGAACUUAGGAUCCAGAGGGACCUGAACCAACUUUUCCAGCAAGACACCAGCAGUAGAUCCAGUGAACCGUUUCUGACAGAACUAACAGAAGAAAACUUCCAACGGCUGCAUGCAGAGCAUGAGCGCCAAGCCAAGGAACUCUUCUUGCUACGCAAAACCCUGGAAGAAAUGGAGUUGCGCAUCGAGACUCAGAAACAGACCUUAAAUGCUCGUGAUGAGUCAAUUAAAAAAUUACUGGAAAUGCUGCAGAGCAAGGGAUUGUCUGCAAAAGCCACCGAGGAAGAUCAUGAGCGCACAAGAAGGUUGGCAGAGGCUGAAAUGCAUGUUCAUCACCUGGAAACCUUACUGGAGCAAAAGGAAAAGGAGAGCAGCUUGCUCAGAGAAGAGAUGCACCGUCGUUUUGAAAAUGCUCCCGAUUCUGCCAAAACUAAAGCUUUACAGACUGUUAUAGAAAUGAAGGAUUCUAAAAUUUCUUCUAUGGAACGUGGACUCCGAGAUUUGGAAGAAGAAAUCCAAAUGUUGAAGUCAAAUGGUGCACUCAGCACAGAGGAACGUGAAGAAGAAAUUAAACAAAUGGAGGUGUAUCGUAGCCAUUCCAAAUUUAUGAAAAACAAGGUAGAGCAACUGAAGGAAGAGCUAAAUACCAGAGAGAUUCAAGGGGAGGAACUGAAAAAAAAAGUGGCCGAUCUCCAGACAGAGGUCUCUGCCAUUGGUCAAGUGAAACAGGAACUAUCCCGGAAAGAUACAGAGUUGCUGGCUUUACAGACAAAAUUGGAAACCCUCACAAACCAGUUUUCUGAUAGCAAGCAACAUAUUGAUGUACUCAAGGAAUCCCUCACAGCAAAAGAACAGAGAGCUGCCAUCCUGCAAACAGAGGUAGAUGCACUUCGUUUGCGCCUGGAAGAGAAGGAGGCAAUGUUGAACAAAAAGACUAAGCAAAUUCAAGAGAUGGCUGAGGAGAAGGGAACUCAAGCUGGAGAGAUUCAUGAUCUCAAGGAUAUGCUUGAUGUGAAAGAACGCAAGGUUAACAUUCUUCAAAAAAAGAUUGAAAAUCUUCAGGAGCAACUAAGAGACAAAGAGAAACAAAUGAGCAGUUUGAAAGAAAGAGUAAAAUCCCUGCAAGCUGAUACCACCAACACCGAUACAGCCUUGACUACGCUAGAGGAAGCACUGGCAGAAAAGGAGCGUACUAUUGAGCGUCUCAAGGAGCAGCGUGACAGAGAUGAGCGAGAAAAACAAGAGGAGAUUGACAACUAUAAAAAAGAUAUGAAAGACCUUAAAGAGAAAGUCAGCAUCUUGCAAGCAGAUCUUACAGAAAAGGAGACUACACUCCUGGAUUUGAAGGAACAUGCUUCAUCAUUAGCAUCAGCAGGAUUGAAAAAAGACUCUAGACUGAAAACAUUAGAAAUUGCUUUAGAGCAAAAGAAGGAAGAAUGCCUGAAAUGUGAAUCUCAGCUGAAAAAGGCUUAUGAAGCAACCAUUGAGGCCAGGGCCAAUCCAGAGAUUAAUGAUAGAUUUCAGCAGAUCGAAAAAGAGGUGGCCCAGUAUCGAGAAGAGUCUACCAAGGCUCAAGCUGAAGUUGAUCGCUUGCUGGAAAUCCUAAAAGAGAUGGAAAAUGAGAAGAAUGAUAAAGAUAAGAAGAUAGCUGAACUGGAAAGGCAAAUUAAAGAUCAGAAUAAGAAGGUAGCAAAUUUAAAACAUAAGGAACAGGUGGAGAAGAAAAAGAGUGCACAAAUGUUGGAAGAAGCAAGGAGACGGGAAGACAAUCUUAAUGACAGUUCCCAGCAGUUACAGGAUAGUUUGCAUAAGAAGGAUGAUCGAAUUGAGGAGCUAGAAGAAGCACUGAGAGAGAGUGUACAAAUAACUGCAGAACGGGAAAUGGUAUUAGCUCAAGAAGAAUCAGCCAGGACACAAGCUGAAAAACAGGUAGAAGAGUUGAUGAUGGCUAUGGAGAAAGUAAAACAAGAACUGGAAUCUAUGAAAGCAAAGCUGUCCUCUACUCAGCAGUCUCUGGCUGAGAAGGAAACCCAUUUAACUAACUUGCGGGCUGAACGGAGGAAGCAUUUGGAGGAGGUGCUAGAGAUGAAACAAGAAGCCCUUCUAGCUGCCAUUAGUGAAAAAGAUGCCAACAUUGCUCUCCUGGAGCUUUCGUCCUCUAAGAAAAAAACUCAGGAGGAAGUCGCUGGAUUAAAACGUGAAAAAGACCGCUUGGUUCAGCAGCUGAAACAACAGACUCAAAAUCGCAUGAAACUGAUGGCAGAUAAUUAUGAAGAUGAUAAUCUGAAAUCAUCUCAUUUCAGUCAAACUAAUCAUAAGCCCUCCCCAGACCAGGUAAUUCAGCCUCUUUUAGACCUUGAUCAGAAUCGUAGCAAGUUGAAGUUAUAUAUUGGACAUUUGACAGCCCUAUGCCAUGACCGGGACCCUCUGAUUCUCCGUGGACUCACUCCUCCCACAUCCUACCACCUGGAUGAGAAUCGUGCAGCUUGGGAGAAGGAGCUGCAGAAGAUGACUCUGGAGCAGCUUCACAACGAGUUGGAAAAGGCCGAGAAGGACAGCGCAGAGCUACAAGAGUUUGCGAAUGCCAUUCUCCAGCAGAUAGCCGAUCACUGCCCAGACAUCCUGGAGCAAGUUGUCAAUGCACUUGAGGAAUCAUCGUGACUGAAGCCAGCACUGCUUCUCCAGAGCAGCCUGCCACGAGGUCAGGCUCUCCCAGUUCAAGGAGUCAUGAGAAUAAUAAAGCAUAUGAAAAGGGGAGGGGGAGGAAACACUCAUGGUGCACCUUUUUAUAAACAAAUGAACAUAAACUGGUAAUUCCUCCAGUCGAUAAUGCCUGCAUUCAUCUUCUUACUGCCUUUCUCCAUUGGAAUAUAUGCCGUUCUCGUUGGCUCUGGGAUGUGUCCGCUCUGAAAUUUGCCAAGACUAGAAAGUGUGACGAGGCACUUGCCUUUAUUUUACUUUCCAAGUAAUGAACAUCUUUGGCCUGUGUGAGGAAUUCAAUGUCCUCUAAUAGUGUCUUAUAAUGGGCCAACAUCCAUUUAGCUAGGUUUGCUGCUUAUGUCUCUACCAGAGGAUUGAUCCUAAAGGAGAGGUGGGAAGUGUCCCCCAUUCUUAGUGAUGCAUUGUGUUAAAUAAGCACAGGAUACGUCCCUGUGUUUUCUUUAUUGUUCUGCUUAUUGUGAGCCUCAUUUUUGUUUACCAAAAUGAGCUAUGAAAUCUGGUGGCUGUUUUCUUCAGCUCAUUUUCUUGGCAUUUUUAGUCAACUUUACUAUAACACUAUUGUUGCAUUUUUGGUUGAACUGUGCCCCCCCUUUUUCCCCCACUUCUCUCAUUUUAUCUGAUUUCUGGGUUCUUAGGGAGUUCCAUCAUAUCCACAGUGGUAUGUUCCAGAGACUCCAUCGGUGAUUGAGAGCUCGGAAUAGCUUUUCUACAUGGUAUUAGGUUAACAUAUUGCAAUUCGCAGCCUAAUUAAGAA